AUGAUGAGGACCUCCGAACAGGAUGCCCUCUGGGAAGACUCCGACGAUAUCCUUCGAGGCAUUAAUGGCUCACGAGCCAUGCCAAGGUCGUCACAUAAAGGUGCCUUUUCAUGCAACGGGCCGACACUGCCAGAGAUAUGCCUCGAUGAUUCAGCAUCGUUCACGGGGGUCUCAUUCGACUCUAAGUCUGCACUUCACCAACACAAUCCAAGCCCGAUGUUCGACCCAUGCUUUGCAGUUAGCAAUCCGGCAUUAUCUCCCUCGGCCCAGGAUAUCGAUUUUUCACAAUACUCACUGGCCCGGUUCUCAGCAGACCAAGAUGCUUGGACACCGCUCAAAUUGACUGGCCUAACGGCUAAUGUUGGGACCCUCAUGUGUCCACCCAUGGGAACGAGCCACUAUUGGUCGGGGUUGGAUCGCAGACUGUCCACAGGUCACUAUAGCACGCCGUCUGAGGCUGACAGCCAGCAGACUAGCCUUCAUCCAUCCGAGUCUGGGUACAGCACACAGAGUGGCGCCACUCGGUCGGUUGCUACACCUUAUCCAGUCGACUCAGCUUGUAGUCCUUACUCUGGACCAUUUGAGCUAGAACAAGAUGAGGGAAUCUCCGUGCUGGACCUCAACACUGGUCCAAACGACAAUUCAAUCGAUGCAUUGGAGCGAAUGCAAUCUCCAUCGCUCAUUUGUCCCGAGGCAAUCAGGUGCGACUAUUCAGACUGCCGGUGGACUGGGAAAUGUCCCUCUGAUAAGCGCAAGCAUGAAGCAAGGCACAGAAAGUCGUUCAAAUGUGAUGAGCCGAAUUGUACUCGAAAGGAUGGAUUCGGUACCAUCAAUGAUCUGGCGCGUCAUAAGAAGUGUGUUCACAAGCAAGAACCAGAGCGUGGGCCCAAAGUGUUGUACAUGUGCUUUGGAACAAAGUGUCCUCGCAAGGACAAGAGAUGGCCUCGAUUGGAUAACUUCCGGCAGCACCUUGCUCGGAUGCACCACGACGAGGAUGCUGAGGAGCUUCUGAGAAAGUCCCAUGAGUGGUACGACGACUGUGUCAAGCCGCAAGUAAUAGCAUCUUCGUACGCCGAUUGUCUCUCGGAAGCCAGCAGUCCACAGAUGCCGGAAGCAGCUGAUGAGCCACAGAGCAGCGCAAGAGAUUAUCGAACAGCACCCUCUUUUUCUCCUGCAAAGGCUCGGAUGGAGCUGGUUAUGAAGACUUCUGGCUCGGUCGGAGAUGAACAACGGCGCUCAAGUAUCAGCCAUGCAACCUCCAAGCCUGAAAUAUCAGGUUCACAGACUGUCAAACUGCCGGUCCUGAACGGUCUCAGCUUGGACGGGCCAAUAAACCCUGAAGUGUCUCUUACGGCCCGACUAGACACUCCUCGUGACGAGAAGAAGGAUGAUAUGGUAGCCGAAGCGGCCAGUAACCUGAUUAAUGCCAUGACCAAAUCCAUGAACAUCUCGCAACGACGCCAAGGGCAGCGAGCUAACGACACUGACAUUGAUAUGGAGCCGGAGGUCGAUCUGACCGAACCCAAGCGGGAAAUAUUGCAAAUGAUCUUAACGGCCGCCUUGGAGAUUCUCAAUCAGAGCUCGGAACCAUGUUCAUCACAUCCUCCACUUGACAAGGAGAGUUCAUCUGUGCGGUCUGGUCAGAGAAAGUGGAUCCAGUGUGACUUUUGCAGCAAGAAGACGCGAUUGCGCUGCGAGAUGAAGAAACAUCAGAAGCGCCAUGAACGCCCAUAUAGCUGCACAUUCCCUCAAUGUAGCAAAACAUUUGGAAGCAAAAAUGACUGGAAGAGACAUGAAAACUCACAGCACUUUCAUUCCAAAAGCUGGGGUUGUACACUACCUGACGCCACGCAAGAGGGCGUGACGUGUGACCGCCUUUUCUAUCGCCAGGAGACUUACGUCCAACAUCUCAAGAAACUGCACAUGCUCGUCAAAGAGGAGGAGAUUCGCUCAGCUGUUUCCGACAACCGUAUCUGUCACGACGGACGGACAUCGUUCUGGUGCGGCUUCUGCCGGGACGAUGUGCCCCUGAGCCAGGGCUUCGAGGCAUGGAAUGAGCGCUUCACCCAUAUUGAUUCGGAGCAUUAUAAGAGAGGCGAGCGAAUUGAAAACUGGGUUUUGCCUUCCUAUCAACUGAGUGGAGACGGGGAGCAAGACGAAGGAAAACCAUUCAUCCGGACUAAAACUGGUUGCGAAAGUGAGCCUAACAUGGACGGGAAUAGCGAGGGCAAUUGUCCGCAUAACGAUGCUCAAUUGAAGGACGGAACAGCAUUUUCGCAUGAGGAUCAAAUCAUGCUAGAUGACUACGAGCUGCUUCGAGACCGAGUCCCAGAACAGCGUAGGAAUGCCUUCUCACUCGCUUCGUCACAACCAAACUCUUCAGAACGGCCCACAAAUACAAGGAAGAGAAAACACUCGAUCAUUCAUUCCGACGUGAAUUCUGGCUCGUCGCUGCCUGUUCAGUCCGAAAAUUACACCUCGGAAAUCCGAUGUGUCUCUGGAAAUCUGGGAGAGUGUGGCAUGAAUCCACAGUCUCAAGCAAAGCAUACCCCAUUGCAAGCUGGAUGGAAUCAUCCUAUGGUCGAUGACAUGUACACAGCAUUUUCCAGUCCACAAAGCGGAGAUAUGCAGUGGACCGACCAUUGUUGUUAG